CUCGAAGAGAGGCCUGGGAUCCAGACAUUUCAAAUUUACCCGCUGGCUCUAAUUCCAAUUAAAAGAAAAGCAACCUUUGAGCUGAGUUGUACAAUCGUUACCUGGGCUUUUGAAAAUCUUGCAGUGCAUGCUAGCUAGCUAGCUUAGGAGCUAGAAAUGACAUACAACCCUAGGUCUUUAGAAGCUGUUCCAUUUCUGCAAUUUGAUAAGCUGAUUCAAAAACUGAGGGAAAAUCCUGAGCAGAAUUGGACCAAAGUUGCUAUGGUAAACACUCUCCUACGGUUCAAGUCUAAAGUGGAGGGAACAAUUACCAUUGACAGCUGGCCUGAUUUCAGUGCUAUCUUAUCCCAUCAACGCUCAAAAACGGAAUCUCUUCAAUGCUGUGUGCUUGAGAGAAAAGAAGAACAUGUUCAAAUGGUCAUUCAAGAGAUAGCAAAAAAGAAGUGCGAUUACGUAUUAAUAGUUGAUGAAUGGCUCGGAAAAGAUGUACAGGCAGCACUACAGUCUAAUGACAUGGCAAAAGGUCCUAUCAUCAAUACUUUAAUUGCCUUCUACCUCCCAAAAAGCAGUGAUUUCACCGUUGAACCAAUGACCUGCCCAGAAGGAUAUGUUUUGAGAAGCCUGGAAGAGUGUCAUAUAGAAGAGGUUUCAGUGGAAUGGAGUUAUAUGGAUCGUGACAAAAAGAUAUCCUUAUUCACCCAGAUAGUCAAGCAACAACACAGUGUUGGUAUCUUCCCAACAUGCUCUGGGAAGAUAGACAAGUCUCCGGUUGGAUGGUGUUUGCAAUAUCCAUCAGGAUUCUUUGGUCACUUGUUUGUUAAUGAGGAGCAUCGAAGAAAGGGACUUGCUAAGGUUUUGGUACAACACAUAUGCUGUUUAAUUGAAGAAGAUGGAGAGGUUCCUUUAGCAUUUGUUGAAAGAGACAAUAUAAAAUCACUUUCUCUUUUUCGAAGUCUUAGUUUUGUUCAGUCAGAUUUCCAAGCUGCGAUUCUUACUCGCUUUUGUUAGUCAGCUGUUUUGCAUGCAGUGUCUGUAUAUUUUGUAGCCUGUACAUUCCUAGUGUAUUAUUAUAGGUGUAUUCUUUCAAAUGUAAAAAUUGCUAGAAUAUUGGUCGGGAAAAGGACCAAAAGGUACCAAAACAAGCGAGGGAGGAGAGCUGCAAGUUAUCCUGUUACAACGACAACGUCAUUCACAGCUCUCCUCCCUCGCUUGUUUCGUGACUUUUAGGUGCUUUACGCGUCAGACAACAAUUGGUGGAAGAGUUCCAGAAAUACAUGUCCUUAGCUUGACUGCGUACUAGAGACUUUAAGAGGCGCCAGUGAUGUUUUAGCCCAUCAAAGCUGAUGGAGGGCAACAUACAACGAUACAACAACUGGAGAGAGAAAUCAAACGGCUGAGGUAUUAUAGAGAAGGACAGCUGGCUAAGAGGAGGAGGAGAAAUCUACACUGGUUGAGGAUAAAAAAAGGUCACGUGGACAAGGUCAAAGUGGAGCAUGAGGUGGAUGGCAAGCUCAGUUUCAGCAAUUGAUGCUGAAAGAAAAGAGUGAGAUUAUAAUAUCUACUGUCCUAUUUUUAUAGUCUAUGUACAAACCACUAUAGUAGCUAAUAAAUGGGAAUACUCCUUAAACACUUGUGUAUGUGUCAUAAGAAUCAAUUUGAGGAUACUACCUCAUUUUAUGAGCCUGCUCCUCACGAGUACAGUCAGGUUCCUGUCCCAGCAGGGUUUCAUCUAGUGGAGUGGGCUGGGGUGAACCUUCCCCCCAAAA